CAUUACGGGCCCCGGAACCAGCGACAAGGGGCGAGUGAAUUUCUUGUUUACAGCAGCAAGCCCAGUAUUUGUUCUUUUUAUCCUACAGCAACGAUAUUCGCAACUUUAUCGUGAAAAAUUGAAUGUCACAGUAAGGUGUUUUCUGUCUCUGAGGUCCAGCAGUGCUGUCAGUUGCCAUGGCGUCUCCAGGGGGACAAGGAGGAGGAGCUCUGUCCACGAGAGGAGGCGGUGGUGCCAAAAGGAUGAAAUGGGCUCUGGAGCUGAGCUUGGGAAACACCAGGAGUCGUGGAGACCGUCAGGGCGGUCAAGGCGAUGUUGUUUAUCCCAUCGGCUACUCUGAGAAACCUGUUCCUGACACAAGCAUCCAGGAAACAGACAAGAAUCUGGUUGAGAAGCGUUGCUGGGAUGUGGCCCUUGGACCCCUAAAACAGAUCCCCAUGAACCUAUUCAUCAUGUACAUGUCAGGAAACACCAUCUCCAUCUUCCCCAUCAUGAUGGUCUGCAUGAUGGCGUGGAGACCCAUCCAGGCUCUUAUGUCUAUGUCUGCCACUUUCAAACUGUUGGAGAGCUCCAGCCAGCAGUGGCUUCAAGGUCUGGUCUAUCUGAUCGGAAACCUUCUGGGCUCGGCGCUGGCCAUCUACAAGUGCCAAUCAAUGGGACUGCUCCCAACACAUUCGUCUGAUUGGCUAGCUUUCAUAGAUCCACCUCAGAGGAUGGAGAUCAUGGGCGGUGGGAUGGUGUUGUAAAAGGAUGCAGCGUGCACACAGAGGAUGUGUAUAUUUACAAAGGUUAUAUACAUUCUAUGUACAUUCUCCAACUCCACCACACCGACUGGCUGCCCUUUACAGCUGACAAGUCAUUUUUUUCAUCCACGAAAUCAUUCAACUUCUUCUGCCUCUGUCGAAACGGUUGUUAAUACAGCAGCAGAAUUUGGGGAGCGUUCUUCAUCACCUUCAUCUUUAACCUUACAGCCUCGGCCUCCUGCUCUGCUUUGUCUUGUCUGUCGUAUUUCAGAUUUUGAUUCUUCUAAUAACGAUUUCAAAGCCAGCAGGUCAUCAGGUUGACAGUUGUGGAACUGUAAUAUUUUUUAUUUGAAAACAACAUUACGUAGGCCUGAAGUAGGAGGUUGUUAUUUAACAGAAUGGUUUAUACCCAGAUAUAAAAUCUUUAUAUAAAUGGCAUAAAAAAAAGGAGUUUGCAGUCUGUAACUUGUUCCCAUUUCAUCAGGCACAGAAGCAGUCAUCAGUAGUCAUAUUAUUAUUGCAGUAAGGUAGCAAUUUCUUCUGUUUCAAUCUCUUGUUACUUUUUGUUUCUCAAUUUUCUAUAAAAACUCAUACUUUUGUCAACAUGAUUCCAGCUUGCUAACCUACAACAUUUACUACUGUGUUUAAUUUAUAGGUCUGUUUAAUUUAUACUGAUUUGCUUGAUGAAAUAAAUCCUUGAAUUAAAAUACUCUCUGCUGUGAAUGAAUAAAGAUGUGUCUUUA